AGUCAGAUGACAAGUGUAUCAAUAUUUUCUUUAUUUCUCUAAGAUAAUUGGACUUUGGGGUAGUUUAUUGAAUAAUUCAUUAUCAUAUUGUUGCAGCAGCCAAAGGCAGAGGAAUUAUGCCAUUGUUCAGUAGCGCAUUGACUCUUCAGAGCGACGUGCUGCUAUUAUAGCGCAGGUUGGAGAGGCGUGGGCUACUACGGAUCCCCUAUGAGUGAGGCUUUGAUGUUCGCACAGACGGGCUCUUUACCAGUGCGUCCCGCUGCUAUAGGCUGGGCAUGAAGGCAUUCUCUAUUGGUGGCUGUGCGUACACAUAGAGGAGCGCUAGCGCGGGCUAAGGGUUGGCGCCUGAGGUUCAUAUUUUCAACUUUUUAAGGAAUUAAAUAUCAGUCAACCCGGCUGUAAAUUUCGCUCGGACAUGAUGGAUUUAUGACAAACUGCAUGCCUUUUCUGAUGGAGUUGGAUUGACGAUUGGCUAAUUUGAGCGUCCAUACGUGUUAUAUUUUUAGAGAUGUGUUUUAUCCCUUAUUCUAGAGCUGAUGUUGUAGGACAAGUUUCGUACACCAAAAUGUGUAUAUUUUUUAUUUUCAUAUUAUCAACUUUAGAAAUAUGUCAGUCGCUGGCCCCUCGGAACGUUUAUACAAAUCACUGGGCAGUGCGUGUUGCAGGGGGGCAAGAAGAAGCGGAUAAACUUGCUGCUAAAUAUGGUUAUAAUAAUUAUGGACAGAUCGGGAGUCUGGAGGACCACUACCAUUUCCACCACAGCAGAGUGGUGCGCAGAGCAGCUUUCUCCACUAGGGGCGCUCACUCCUUCAUCCAGAUGGACCCAAAGGUUGACUGGGUCCAACAGCAGCUAGUGAAGCAGAGAGUAAAGAGAUACAUCAAAAGCGACACCAGAAGCCCUGACCCCAACUUCGUCCACUUCAACGACCCCAAAUGGUCCAACAUGUGGUAUAUUCACUGUACGGACAAGAACAAUCGCUGUCGGUCAGAGAUGAACAUUCUGGCAGCGUGGCAGAGAGGCUACACAGGCAAGAACGUGGUGGUCACCAUCCUGGACGACGGCAUCGAGAGGAACCACCCUGACCUGGCACAGAACUAUGACCAGCUGGCAAGUUAUGAUGUCAACGGGAACGACCAUGAUCCAACUCCUCGUUAUGAUUCUAGCAACGAGAACAAACAUGGGACGCGGUGUGCCGGUGAGGUUGCAGCUGUGGCCAAUAACUCCCACUGCAUUGUGGGAAUUGCAUACAAUGCACGCAUUGGAGGUAUUCGUAUGCUGGAUGGUGAUGUGACAGAUGUAGUAGAGGCGAAGUCCCUCGGUGUCAGACCUGACUACAUAGACAUCUACAGCGCCAGCUGGGGACCUGACGACGAUGGAAAGACAGUGGACGGACCAGGGCCUCUGGCCAAACAGGCCUUCGAGAUGGGCAUCAAAAAGGGCCGGAAGGGUCUGGGAUCCAUCUUUGUUUGGGCGUCGGGGAAUGGUGGUCGCCAGGGCGACCACUGUUCAUGUGAUGGCUACACCAACAGCAUCUACACCAUCUCCAUCUCCAGCACCACAGAGAACGGCAACAAGCCCUGGUACCUGGAGGUCUGCUCCUCCACACUGGCCACCACCUACAGCAGCGGGGAGUUCUAUGACAGGAAGAUAGUGACCACAGACCUGCGGCAGCGAUGUACUGAUGGCCACACUGGUACCUCUGUGUCGGCUCCCAUGGUGGCUGGGGUCAUCGCUCUCACUCUGGAGGCCAACCCAUUGGUCAGCUGGAGAGAUAUCCAGCACCUGCUGGUCAAGACGUCCAGGCCUGUCCACCUGAAGGCCAACGACUGGAAGACCAACGCAGCCGGACACAGAGUGAGUCACCUGUAUGGCUUUGGGCUGGUGGAUGCGGAGGGUAUGGUGGUGGAGGCUAAGAAGUGGAGGAGUGUUCCUACCCAGCACACCUGUACUAGGAUGUCUGAACGACGUACCAGGUACAUCCGUGCAGACCAGAGCCUGAACAGCACCAUCACAAGCACAGGGUGUACAGAGCAGGCGGAGCAGCAUGUGAGCUACGUAGAACACGUGGUGGUCAAGGUACUGGUUGUCCAUCCACGACGAGGAGAUCUGGAGGUCAGCCUCAUAUCACCCUCAGGAACACGCUCACAGCUACUGGCCAAGAGGUUGUUUGAUAACUCUAAUGAAGGUUUUAGGAACUGGGAGUUCAUGACUGUUCACUGCUGGGGGGAGAGGGCAGAGGGCCAGUGGAUCCUGGAGAUCAUAGACUCUCCCUCAUCUCUACGCAACCCAGAGGUGCUGGGUAAACUGAAAGAGUGGACGCUGGUCCUUUAUGGCACCUCGGGGCACCCGUACCAGUCUCACGGGACCCAGCACUCUCGCUCCAGGAUGCUUGAGAUCCCAACCCCCAGCCGGGACCCCAAUGGGCCCGAACCACCCCCGGAGGUCCUCAAGCACCAGGAGGAGGAAGAGGAGGAGUACAGCGGGCCGUGCCACAGUGAGUGUGGGGACCAGGGCUGUGACGGGCCAGAUCCUGACCACUGUCUGAACUGUAUCCACUACAGCCUGGGCAGCCUCAAGACAGGCAGGACGUGUGUGAGCCACUGUCCGCUGGGCUUCUACGAUAACUUGGAGGCCAGGAGGUGUCGACGCUGUCACAAGGGCUGUGAGAGGUGUGUGGGACGCACCCCCACCGAGUGUCGCGCCUGUCGCAGGGGACUCUACUUCAACCCCCUCAACACUACCUGCUCUGAGACCUGCCCUGCUGGGUACUUCGCUGACGACAUUCAGAGGAAAUGUCUGAGGUGUCAUGAGAACUGUAUGACGUGUCUGCGGGACUCAGACAGGUGUACUGCCUGUAACGACGUCUACAGUCUGGCGGGGAUGACCUGUGUACCAGAGUGUGCCAAGGGAACCUUCUUUCAUCUGGAGGAGAUGAAGUGUAGUCCCUGUCACACCUCCUGCUCUACCUGCACAGGUCAGUGUCCCUGUCACACCUCCUGCUCUACCUGCACAGGUCAGUGUCCCUGUCACACCUCCUGCUCUACCUGCACAGGUCAGUGUCCCUGUCACACCUCCUGCUCUACCUGCAGGUCAUUGUCCCUGCCACACCUCCUGCUCUACCUGCACAGGUCAGUGUCCCUGUCACACCUCCUGCUCUACCUGCACAGGUCAGUGUCCCUGUCACACCUCCUGCUCUACCUGCAGGUCAGUGUCCCUGUCACACCUCCUGCUCUACCUGCACAGGUCAGUGUCCCUGUCACACCUCCUGCUCUACCUGCACAGGUCAGUGUCCCUGUCACACCUCCUGCUCUACCUGCACAGGUCAGUGUCCCUGUCACACCUCCUGUUCUACCUGCACAGGUCAGUGUUCCUGUCACACCUCCUGCUCUACCUGCACAGGUCAGUGUCCCUGUCACACCUCCUGCUCUACCUGCACAGGUCAGUGUCCCUGUCACACCUCCUGCUCUACCUGCACAGGUCAGUGUUCCUGUCACACCUCCUGCUCUACUUGCACAGGUCAGUGUCCCUGUCACACCUCCUGCUCUACCUGCACAGGUCAGUGUCCCUGUCACACCUCCUGCUCUACCUGCACAGGUCAGGUCACACCUCCUGUUCUCAUAAAGAUAGGCAUAAAAAAUAUUGGCAUCCGUGUUUGCAAUCCCCCGGCACUCUCCUCUUGCGAGGGUAAUGGCACUGAGCCUUUUUGUCAAAUGUUUUAAAAGGACAGAUGAAGUGCGUGUGUGUGAGUGUGUGUGUGUGU